GCUGAGGCUACUUAAUUUCAUUCACAUGGUAUUUUCUCAGAGGGUUAUGUCGUUCAUUACUCUUUAAUACAAUUCAUUUAUUUCCAUUAUUGAAUCAAAUCAAAUCCGUAUAUGCAUGCAAAUACCAGGGCUGUAUUUAGGCGGCCAGUUACACGUGAAAGUCUUCGAGGAAGGGUCCGUGGUGAUGUAGGCUCUGCGAUGCUAUGAAUCUGCGGGAUUAGCUUCUGUCCUGAGGCAUUUUAGACUAGUUCUAGUUUUUGAGAGUGGGAAAGCAUAGUAAAACCGAUUAUUCCAGGGGCUGUCUGUCUGGUGCCAUUCGGGUAAGCCUAGAUCGUAAUACUAGAGUCCCCUUAAAGAGUAUAAAGGCUUGCUGUUCCCUUCCCUAUAUGGAGAGCCUUGCAGAAUGGCACACGUUUCAAUGCGUUUCUUCAUAGUCCCCUGUACCACGUUGAUUCAGCAAGUGCGGGAUGAUGUGGAGUUCAGCGUGUGUGAUGAGUUCUGGUCUGGCUAGAGGCAGCGGUUUAUAUGUUGGAUAACAAUAUUUACUUUCUUUUUAGGUGUAUAAGUUGACAUUCAACGAUAGUUAAUCUUGUCUCUUCAUCGCGUCUGUCCAACUCUUUCGGGGGUAUCAUCUGAAAUGUCAAUGAGGACUACGUAUUCCAUCACGGCGCCAAGUGUCCGUGACGACUGAGUUAACUCACUGCUUUAUAGGUGCUUUUGAUCAGAGUACACACAGCUUUAUUGUUUUUCAUCGUUUUUGACCGUCAUUACCAAACACAAGAUUUCCAUUUGAAUAUUCAGCAUCAAUUUGUGUGACGACACCAAGAAUAGCAUGAGUAAAAGACCGGUUCGACUUGACAGUGUUCUAUUAAGUAGCUCAGGGUUUGAACUACAGCCAACUACCCUUGCUAAGGCGAACAAAGUAAUUGUGUAGUUUAAGGAGGCACAGCACUUUCUCCCUUAAGAUCUUAUCCGGGCAACCACGGAGUACUUGUUGAACUUAGUAACAAAAGGAAUGGGACGGGCUUCAAGUGUGCAUUGGAACUCAUGACUUUUGGUAAUAUACUUGGAAAAGGGUUGAUCCUCCCCCCCCCCCAAUUUUUGUCUCCAAUUCUUCAUUUUAGGCUCAGACCUCAGUAUCUCGUAGGCUAACGUGUGUGUGUGGAUUGCCUCUAGGGUUCACAUUUUGGUUUAGUCUUCUAUCACAUUUGUAUCUCGCAUUUAUUGUAUUGCUAAGCAUAGAUGGAGGGAUACAAAACUUCUGCAGAUAAUACCCCGUUGCUAGUGAAUUUUUUGCGCCUCAUUCGCAACGGGCGCCAAGAACAAUGCGAUAUCAUCCUUUUCAACGCUGGCAGUCUUGUUUCUUUCCACUUCGGCGGCCUUCGCAUGUUUGAUCUAGGAGCUUUCACAGAAGCCGAAGAUUUGUGGUCCACACUGGCCAAAGAGGCAUCCUCUGAGGGCCCAUGGGAUACGGAAGGCUUAACCUUUGCAGGUCCACUUUACCUAGUUGUGACUUACAACGAUGUUGUUAUAGAACAAUGGGAGUUGGUGGACUAUCGUGACGCUAACUUCGAAAACUCCAUUCCGUCCAGUUGCGAACAGCUUGAAGAGUUAAACAUGUUGGUGCGCAUCAUAUACACCUAUCUCCGAGUAAGCAAUAUCCGACGUUAUGUAUCGCAGUGUCUGCUGCAGAGUGACGCGAACGGGACCUUUGGUUGCGAUAGCUCUCUUCAGAGCAUGCAAGGAAGUGGCGCCGACACCGAAAAUGCCGCUGAGGAGACUAGCAAUGUGAAACGGUUCCUAAUCACUAUCCAUGGCAAAAAAGAGGAGAUCCCCAAGCUUGAUGUGGAGUGCACUCGCCCACAACGAUGGUGUAUCGCUGAUCUUAUCCGCAUUACUGUUACCACCAACGCGCUCGCGCGCACGCAACUCCUCACGCAAACGAAACAAAGCAAUCAACCGCCAACCACAUCGGCCAGACUUGAUUCCACAGGAACACAUCCCUCGCCUCGGAAAGGUGACUCUAUGACGCGGGGAAAGGUAUUUGAAUGCACUUUAGCAACACCGGGAGGGGGAGCUCGUAUAGUCUCACCCACAACGAAUGCAGCCCCAGCCAUCCGCGACCGAGCAACCCCAUCCCCAAGUGGGUCUUUAAAGUCGCAGUGUACGCCCUCCUUGGCGCCCACUGCCGCCCUAAUACCAACUUGUGGAAUGCUCUCACCAUCUUUACUCCCUCGACUCCCAUCGACUCGCAUGACGCCGCUCUCCCUAGCACAAGGGGGCUGUGGUGCCUUUUCUUCAUUAGCAAUCAAGUCCUCCACUCCACGGGAAAUGCCAGACGCGGGGAUCCCGCUGCUGACUACAUCCUUUUCGCGGCUGCCAAGAGCGGACGCUCCGGAUAAAGGUGUGGGGUGUGAUGCUUCUGCUCAAAUGGAGCUCAAUGAUAUCGCACCGCCCGAUUUUGUUCGACGAAUGGCGACCACAUUGUUUGAUGCGAAAAAUGUGAAGGUGCAGCAGCAGCAGCGUUUGCCGCGCUCAGUGGGCAUCGUGCUCGACACUAUGGCUGCACUACCACUCCAUCCUGAUGCUGAAGAUUACAAUAACGACGACGAUUCGAUAAGCGAUGGUGGUACAGAGAAUAUCGGUACAGGAGGGUCAUCGUUUGAUUUGUUGGAGCUUGCACAGCGCAUACAUACGUCUCUUGCAGCUGCGCGACAGACUCCUCUAAGGGAUUUGUUACUUCCAUUGAACCUUGAAUGA